UCCGGCAUGCUUUUGUUUCGUGUGCAGACUGCAGAAGUACAAGCUACUGAUCUAAAUGUCUUGUAAAGCAGAAAGAAAACAUUCUGAAUUGGUGAACAAAAACAAAACAGGACAAUUGUCCUGACUGUUUCACAAGUAGAUUAUUACUCAUGGGAGGGAGUGAUGCUGGCAGCAGAUCUAAGAGCAGACACAGAGAUGAGAGCAAAUCCAGAAGCUUGUCAUCAUCAAGUGCCAGGAGAUCCAGUCCAAGCCCUCAAAAGAGACCUGAACGUUCCUCUGACAGAAAAAAAGAUGAAAAGGAGAAGUCCCUCCAGCUCUUCAUCGUCUUCCAGCUCCACUUCCCCAUCCAGAGAAAAAAAGACCAAGAAAAAAAAGAAACGCCAAGAAGUUAAGAAACUGAAGCGUGAAGAGAAAAAGGAAAAGAAGCGGCAAAAGAAGCUAGCAUUGAAAGCUGAAAGAGCAGCAGCUUCCGUAUCAAAUGCUGUUUCUGAUGAAACACCUCAAACAUACCUGAAGACCUGGCAGAGUGAAGAAGCUAAAGUACACGGCCCUGUCAUGACUGAUGAACAGAAGGCCAGUUUUUGCACCAAGAGACCAAUGACAAAGGAAGAUUAUGAGGCCAGGCAAAGCGUCAUCCGUCGGGUCCUGGACCCUGAGACUGGACGAACCAGGCUUGUAAGAGGUGACGGGGAAAUUUUAGAAGAAAUUGUCAGCAAGGAGCGGCCCAAGGAAAUCAACAAGAAAUCCACUAAGGGAGAUGGUGAUGCCUUCCAGAAGAAAUUGGGCAUCAAUAGGUAGCGAGGUGUCAAUUUGAAGACAAGUCCUCGCCAGUCCAAAGCCUUCUCCUGCAUUUCUACAAGAAUUCAACCCUUUUUUUUACUUUAUUUUAUAUUC